GCAUUCGUGUGUUUACAUUUCAAAUGUACAAUGCUGCCGUGACACCUGGAAGGCAGCUGGUAAAUGUAUUACAUUCCACACACACACACACACACUCUGCAAUCGUUGACCCAGAUUGCAAGCGUUUGUUCUAAGGCUGUGGCUGAGAUUUUUUUUUUCCUCUCUCUGGAUUGUGGGCUGGAAUUUCUUGCACUAAACUUUUACUCGGCGCUCGCCCUCUCUCUCUCUCUCUGUCUGUCUCUCUCUGUCUGUCUCUGCAUGUAGCGACAGCAGAGAUGGGAGCCGGCUGCCGCCCGCUCACCAUUUGCCUUCUCUUGGUCUCCGCUCUCCGGGCUGGCUCAGGGGACGGCUCGGUGCCCUCGCCCGGCUCCAAGGACCCUCCGGCGGCGGCGCUCAACUCCCCGGCCGCCUCCUCCGGACCCCUCGGCCGGCACUUCGGCAAGUCUCGGCUGCUGGUCAUCUCCGCGCCGGGACCACUGGACACUUCCUACCGGCUGAUGGAGAGGCAGGUAGACCUGGGCAAGGGGGCGUUGAGAUGCGAUUUGGCCUUGAGGGAUCUCCUGGUGAUGGUCCUCUUCCAAGGCACCCGGCCAACGCAGGGCAAGUUGCUGAGGGUGUCCAAGGAAGGCAAGGUCUUGGAGGAGAAGCUGGGGCCCGAGGAGGUGGAGCAGGUCACCCGCAAGCUCUCCCUGGAGGCCUCCCAGUUCGGCAUGGUCCUCUUGAGGAAGUCCCUACACGUCUACGAGCGCUUCCCUUACGCGGUGAGGGUGGAGGCGGUGUUGGAGGCGGUUGAUCAAAUGCCCCUCAGGAAGCUGGAGAGCAUGACCCGGAGGGCACAGAAGCUGAAAUGCAAGGGGUCCCGGGCCGGGAGGAUCUCAGGACAGGUCCACGCUAGGAGGAACCUGGCUAAUCGGACGACCUCCAUUGGGACCACGUUCAACAGGUCUCCACUCAACAGGACCAAGUCCAUUGGGACCACCAUGGCCAACAGAUCUCUGGUCAAUAGGACCAUGUCCAUUGGGACCAUGGCCAACAGAUCUCUGGUCAAUAGGACCGCCUCCCAUCGGACUAUGCCCAACCGUUCAGGCAUCAGGACUGUUCCCAAAGGUUCUCCAGCCAACCCGAGGUACAGACCAGGCUCUCCCAAUUCUCGGAAUCCCUUCAGAUCUUCCAGCCGCCGAUUCCCGGAGAAGUCCGGAGAGGCGGUGCCGGGAAAGCGGAAUGCUUUGGCCUCAACCCGGGGCUCGGAUGGGGAGAGGAAGGCCAAGAUUCCCAGGAGCCCAGUGAACACCAAGGGACGGGAGAUGGUGGAUCAUCUGAUGGGCCAGAUCAAGCAGAAGGUGUGGCAGAUGAUGGCGGUCAACUCCAGGCACCCCCUCCAGCGCAGGCCUGGUGGUCAAGUGUUCCAGGUAGGACCUCACCAGAACCUCUCCUCUGGACCUCCGACCGUGGUACCCAUGGGGGCUUCCAUUGACCUCACCGGAGCGGGCUCUCAGCUUCCCCACACCGCCACCACUUCAUCAUCAUCCGGACAACUUGUCAACCCUGAGGAGGUCACGACCCUGGACUCCAGCUCAGGCACAGCACGAUCCCAGGGCAGCCAUGACGGAUGGACUAUGGUGUCCGUGGGUCCUCUGCCCCACCUGGGCGAGGGAAACUGGACCGGGGAACCACAGGAGGUAUCACCAACGUUGGCUUCUGGUCUCGACACCCAUCGAACGAGGAAGGGGCAGACUCACCCUCCCGAACCCACCACCUGCCACCCCACCCGGGAGGAGGGAGGCGGUGGCCGGCGUGGGUCGGCCGGGCCGGAGGGAAGGGCGCCCGGCAUGGCCACCGCGUCGCCUGCCCCAGGCAAGGCCAAGAAGGCAGGGAGGAAAGACAGGGAGAACUCGGGCAAGGGCUCCAGGGGCAAGGGAAGGAAGAACAGGAGGAACCGCAAGAACAGGAACAAGAACAAGAAGCAAGGAGCCGGGGGGGACGAGCAGUCCGGCAGCCAGCUGUUCCUGCAGCAGUUCCUCAACAAGCGGAGGCUCUUGGUGAUCACGUCGCCCAGCAAGGACAGCAGACUGCACGUCCAGCAGAGAGACGAGUACCUGGAGCACGUGUGCCAGCUGGCUCUGCGGCGCAUCAGUGUGGUCAACAUCCUGGGCUCCCCCACCAACAGCAGCCUGACGGUGGAACACUAUCAGACCGAGAAUGAACAAGCGUUAGAAAUCCCGGUGACGGAGCCUGUCGGGCCUGAAGUGAUCACAGAGCUGAGGAAAGAUUUUGGGAUGACCUUUGACGAAUUCUUCAUGGUGUUGGUUGAUUAUGACAUGAAAGUUAAGCAAUAUUUUGACGUCCCCAUCCCCAUCAAAGUUCUGGUGGAUUACAUGGACACUUUCCCCUCCAGACUGCCCGAGAUCCAAGAGGAGAGGAGAAGAGGAGUCACCUGCAUCAAGAGAGAAGGUCGGCUCAACAUCAACAAGUUCCUCGCCAGGUUUCAAUGGAAGAGACGAUUGUUGAUCAUUUCCACGCCUUACGAGGAGGACUGGGCCUUCCAACAGCAGCUCACUGCCCUCACAGGCCAGGAGUGUAACUUGGGAAUUCGCCAUUUUGCCAUGUUGAAGAUGAUGGGUUCAGGAGAAGAGGCCUCUGGAUCGCUCGAGCUGCUUCCUGCGAAUGGGCGGUCACAGGUGGAGACAGAGAGCCUGUCGUGGGCGGCGGUGAGCGGGCUGCGGGAACACUACCAGGUCAGCGAGGAGCACUUCAUGAUGUUGCUGACGGGCAAGGAUGGCGCCAUCCACUCCUGGUACCUCUCGCCCGUGUGGUCGCUGGCGGCCAUGUACGAACAGCUGGACUCCACGCCGGCCCGGCAACAGGAGAUGAGGCUCCAGCAGAGCCUGGGUGUCGAGUGCCACCGGGACGAGGACGAGGACAACUACCCCGGCUACAACCAGCGCGGUUAGCGCCCCCUCGCCACGCCUCCCCCCCCCCCCCCCGUCAACCACCAGCCUUGGACACUGUGCCUGUUCUCCAUCACGCCCGUUAGCGGACUUGUGUUGAACAUUUUGCAAUGACCAACAUUAUCGCUGCGUCUUGUACUUGUUUGGACUGUGCCUGUGUUUAAUAAUCAAUAUAACAGCUCCCCCAAUGA